AUGGACUCCCAAGAUGGCAUGAGGACAGAAGUGGAAGCGUUUCCUGGUGCCCAGCGUAAUCUGAAGCAGACGGAGGUCCCCACAGCGGUGGAGGGUGGGGUAUCUCAGGAGGAUCUGGGCGCCUCGAGCCCCUUUGGGGAUGGAGUAAUAAAGCCAGGCCCAGGAAGCUUCACUUUGUCCACUUUGGUGGGACACACUGGACAGGGCCUCGGAGUCCACUCCUGCUGCCCAGCGGCUCUCAGUUCCAUCAGUCGGGAACUGCGGACGCAAUCUGGGCGUCUGGGAUGGGUGUGUGUGAAGCUGGUGUUAACUGCUCCUGAGCCUGGGGAGGAGCCGGUUGUGGGCGAGGAGAGGGAUGGCCCUCACGUGUCUUCAGGGCUGCAGCCAGACAGACGAGGGACAGAGGGGAGCGUGGUGGGCUUCCCGGUGGGCAGCCGAGGCCCAGGUGGCCGCUGUGGGCCCGGGCAGCUGCCGGGUGUCCCCCUCUGCUCUGCCGGGGGCUCUCCCGGCUCUGGGCCCGGCCUGGCUGACCCCCGCCCCCCGCCCCCCAGGUUCCUGCUGGUCUUCUCCUGCCUCGUGCUGUCCGUGUUCUCCACCAUCAAGGAGUACGAGAAGAGCUCGGAGGGCGCGCUCUACAUCCUGGAAAUUGUGACCAUUGUGGUGUUUGGUGUGGAGUACUUUGUGCGGAUCUGGGCUGCAGGCUGUUGCUGCCGGUACCGCGGCUGGAGGGGGCGGCUCAAGUUUGCCCGGAAGCCCUUCUGUGUGAUCGACAUCAUGGUGCUCGUUGCCUCCAUCGCGGUGCUGGCCGCCGGCUCCCAGGGCAACGUCUUCGCCACGUCCGCGCUCCGGAGCCUGCGGUUCCUGCAGAUCCUGAGGAUGAUCCGCAUGGACCGGCGUGGCGGCACCUGGAAGCUCCUGGGCUCCGUGGUCUACGCCCACAGCAAGGAGCUGGUCACCGCCUGGUACAUCGGCUUCCUCUGCCUCAUCCUGGCCUCGUUUCUGGUGUACUUGGCAGAGAAGGGGGAGAAUGACCACUUCGACACCUAUGCAGAUGCGCUCUGGUGGGGCCUGAUCACCCUGACGACCAUCGGCUACGGGGACAAGUACCCCCAGACCUGGAACGGGAGGCUCCUGGCAGCGACCUUCACCCUCAUCGGUGUCUCCUUCUUUGCUCUUCCUGCUGGCAUUCUGGGGUCUGGCUUCGCCCUGAAAGUUCAAGAGCAGCAUCGUCAGAAGCACUUUGAGAAGAGGCGGAACCCUGCAGCUGGCCUGAUCCAGUCCGCCUGGAGGUUCUACGCCACCAACCUGUCACGCACGGACCUGCACUCCACGUGGCAGUACUAUGAGCGCACGGUGACCGUGCCCAUGUACAGCUCGCAAACUCAAACCUACGGGGCCUCCAGACUGAUCCCGCCACUCAACCAGCUGGAGCUGCUGCGGAACCUCAAGAGUAAAUCUGGCCUCACCUUCAGGAAGGAGCCUCAGCCGGAGCCCUCGCCAAGUAAAGGCAGACGGUGCAGAGAGUCCCUGUGUGGAUGCUGCCCUGGACACGCUAGUCAGAAGGUCAGUUUGAAAGACCGUGUCUUCUCCAGCCCCCGAGGCGUGGCUGCCAAGGGCAAGGGGUCCCCCCAGGCCCAGACCAUGCGGCGAUCGCCCAGCGCCGACCAGAGCCUGGAGGACAGUCCGAGCAAGGUGCCCAAAAGUUGGAGCUUCGGGGAGCGCGGCCGCGCACGGCAGGCCUUCCGGGCCAGGGGCGCCGCUUCCCGGCAGAACUCGGAAGAAGCAAGUCUCCCCGGGGAGGACAUCGUGGACGACAACAAGAGCUGCACCUGCGAGUUUGUGGCCGAGGAUCUGACCCCGGGCCUCAAAGUCAGCAUCCGGGCCGUGUGUGUCAUGCGGUUCCUGGUGUCCAAGCGAAAGUUCAAGGAGAGCCUACGUCCCUACGACGUGAUGGACGUGAUCGAGCAGUACUCAGCUGGCCACCUGGACAUGCUGUCCCGCAUCAAAAACCUGCAGUCCAGAGUGGACCAGAUCGUUGGGCGGGGCCCGGCCAUAGCGGAUAAAGACCGGAGCAAGGGCCCGGCGGAGGCGGAGCUGCCCGAGGACCCCAGCAUGAUGGGCCGGCUGGGGAAGGUGGAGAAGCAGGUGGGGAGACCAGGGGAGGGCCCCCACCCUGCAGGGCCACCACCCGCCCACGAGCGGUCGCUGUCCGCCUACAGUGGGGGCAACCGGGCCAGCACGGAGUUCCUGAGGCAGGAGGACGCCCCGGCCGGCAGGCCCCACGAGGGUGCCCUGCGGGGCAGCGACACGUCCAUCUCCAUCCCGUCCGUGGACCACGAGGAGCUGGAGCGCUCCUUCAGCGGCUUCAGCAUCUCCCAGUCCAAGGAGAACCUGGACGCCCUCAGCGGCUGCUACGCGGCCGUCGCGCCGUGCGCCAAAGUCAGGCCCUACAUCGCCGAGGGCGAGUCGGACACGGACUCGGACCUCUGCACCCCCUGCGGGCCCCCGCCGCGCUCUGCCACGGGCGAGGGCCCCUUCGGUGACGUGGGCUGGGCCGGGCCCCGGAAGUGAGGCUGCCCUCCAGCCUCUCCCUGACUCCCAGCAGCCGGGUCUCUAGAGGGACCCUCUGGGGCCUCUUCCUAGAGCAACGCAGUGCGGGUGCCCAUGUGGGGCAGUGGGUGGACGCAGCCCUUGGUCUCUCACACUGCAAGUUGGCAAAAAUUCUUUUCCAGCAAGGGGCAGCCAGGCUGGCCGUGCCCACUCUGCAGACUGCUGGCCCCGCUGUGACGGGGGCUGGGGUCAAGGCUGAAGGCAGCCCCUGGUGGCCCGGUGGAGGCAUGGGCCGGGAGCAGGGCUGGGUGAGGGUGGCAGUGAGGGGUCUCCGAGAGGAUCCGCGGCCUUGCAGCCUCGGGAGAGGUGUGGCCGGCAGCACCGCUCGGGUGAUGACCUUUGCCUCAUGGCUGUCCCUCCAGAGCUGCUGGUCAGUGUCAUCCUGUCCCCCUGUCCCAGGUUCUGAAUGUUCUGUGAUGGGAGCCCGUCCCAAGUCCAGGACCCUGGCCGGGCACCGCAUGGGUGCACAGAGUGACCCUCAGACCUCCCGAACAUGGCUCUUGUGGGGAGGGGCCCACUCUGCAGGCUCCUGGAAGAGGGUGUUUGGGGCUCCCUUCUAUUUCUAGGAGACUCCUGUGUCCUCUCUGCCCUGCCCUAGCGGGCACUGGUCACCAGGCUGUGGCUAGCCUUGCAGUGUGGACUGCAUGCAGGAGUGAUGUGGUGGGGGUGUGGGGUCCCCCAGGCCGGGGCUCAGGCUCUGGGGUCCUGGGCCCGGCAGGUCGUGGUGAACAGAUUUGCACUGUCCUUCACCAAGGACCCUGCCUUGCCUGUCCCCAUCAGUCCCCUCACAGGACCUGGGUCUGGGCAGUGUGCUAACCCCCAGGGCAGUAGAGCCCCCACCCCAGUCCAGAGAUUAAGGCAGCUCUGUCUUGUAGAGUGUCUCUCUUGCCCCCGCUGGAGCUCACCACCCACUGCCCCUCCUCCCCCACUGACCAGCCCCUUGGCUGCGACCUCUUGGUGUCUUGGGAGUCAGAGAAGCCCGUCCCCACACUGGGCCCUGGGGAGCAGGGAUCCCCAUCCCUCUAGUCCUGGGCAUCUUGGCCUGAGGGGCAGCAGCUUCGAGCCGAGAAUCAAACCAUGGGGGACGGAGUGGAAUCCCCACUCCAGCUGUCAGUGUCCUGGCGCUCUGAGACCUUUGGGGAGCAGUGUCUUCUGUAGCGUCUGCGUGUGCCCCGCACCCUGGCCAGGCCAUGCAGGGUCCCACCCAUGGACACCUCUCUGCUGGGGCUGCUGGCCGGGCAGCUGGAGGGUGGGCUGGGCCCAGUGCAGGAGGACCCAGGCUUGGACUCAGAACCCGUGUUCUGUGCUCAGGGCCGCAGCGUGAGGGCACCCCCUCCUUCCCAGCAGCCCAGAGGGAUCGGGCGUGCAGCCUGCCAUGUGGCCUGGGGAGGGGCGCCUGCUGCCCCUCCCCCUGCUGUGUCCCCCUCUCAGAGUCCUCCUCGUUCUCGAGGGCAGUGUUUCUCCAGCCCCAGACCCUGCAAUGCUGAGAAAAGCCCCUCCCAGUAUUGGCACGAAGAGGCCCAGGCAGAGGGCCGCUCCUGGGGUGGAGUCUGAGCCCCCUUCGCCCUCCCACUGUGGGAGGGGAGGCCCCCACCUCACCCCGGCCCCGGCUGCUGUUCUCUGGCCCCGGGGGAGAGAUUCACGUUGCCAGCAGCAGCAACCCGUCCGUGUCAGACCUUGGCUGGCAUGGACCCCUGGCCCGGGUAGGAGGGGUCCUUGGCCCCCGGUGAGAGGUUUGUGUCCUGCACCAGGCACCCCUGUGCCGUGGGGCCCUGGCAACGGAGGAGCCGGCUUCGACACGCCUCCUGUCCCCAGCGCCAUGGAGCCGGGAGCUGGUGCCAGGCCACUGCCGGGAGGGUCUCCAAGGUUGCAGCAGGAGGGACUGAGGCUAGACUGUGGACAUGCUGCCUGCAGCAAGGUGGCUAUGAAGUUCAUCCUGGCCCCUCUAUAGGACAGGAGGCCUGCGUCUGCUUGGGGGAUGGUUUGGGGGUAUAGUCUGGGGAGAGGAUGGGGUACAGGCUUCUUCUCAGGGGCCCCCGGACCCAGGCCUGAGCAGCGUCUGUCCGCUGCCCAGGGGCCCCACUUUUGGGAAGCGUAGGCUUCAGGAAAGAGGCUGGGCGCUCGCUGGGAAGUCGGUCCCCUUUCUCGGCUGCGGGCCCACCACUGCCCCGUGGCUGGCGCGGCACGUCUUUCCCAAGACGAGCAGGUGUGCUACCAGAGGUCGCACCCCCAAACAAGCCCUACACACACCUGUGCUCACACACGCGCCUGCAAACAUGCAGCAGCUCACACUCGUGUGCACACCCGUGGGCACACAUAGUGCGCAUUCGCCUGCACAUGCAGCGUGCAUGUGUGUACCCACCCCCACACCACAUGUGCACGCCGACACGCACGUGCACACAUGCCCCCAAGUGUGCACACACCCCUUGUCUGACCUCUCUCUGGCUCCCCCCACUUUAAGGCAGAAGAAUUAAUGACUUCAGGAGCCCAGGUGAUCCUGAAACGCUGGGCCCUGGGUGAGGGUCCCUGCUGUGUGGGGCCUCUGGGCGGCACUGGCAGAGGGUCCACCAGAGCCCAUCCAGGGUCCCACACUGUCCUCCUCCGUACCCUCAGCUGCCCUGGUGGCUGUCUGGAGUGUUGAAUCAGCCAGAUGCCAAGAGCCUGGGCUAGGGCGGUCCCUGCCUCCUUAGCCUUGCAGCCCGGCCUUGGCAGCCUCUCUCUUCACCGGCCCCGCAUCUCCCUCUUCUGUCCACGUGAAAUCACGAGCCAUGGUCUCAGCUGGGGCAGCUCUGGAGGAUGGAGGACCCCAGCCAGGGGGCGGGGGUCCUCCCGGGCCUGCCCCCUGCCCACAGGAGCCCCCACCCCCAGCGGCACAGCUGUCCUUUGGGUAGAGUCACUUCAAAGCCCCGUUCAGAGGCUCUGGGAGUCCACCCCGCGAGGGGGCCACCUGGUCAGAGCAGUAAGAGGCAGCCAUCGCCUCUCCCCACCCCCGCCCCACGCCCCAGCCUGGAGCUCAGGCACCAGCCGGGUGGCUCUGCACAUCCUUCACGCAUGGGUUGAUUUUGACCCCUCCUUGCACUAGGCUGGGGUCCCCCGGCGCUCACGAAUCUGAGGUGUUAAGACGGGAGGGGAUGGGAAGGCAUCCCCUUUCCUACCAGCCCCACGCUUGUGGGGCACCCUGGGAAGCAGGUGCCCCGCCCCUGCUGUUUGGACAGAACUUGGCCCUGGGACAUUUCCAGACGCUUCCGAAGCCCCGGAGGGUGGAGGGCUGCAGGGAGGCCUUUGUAGAAACACUGGCAUGUGUACGGUUUCACCCUCACCCCGAGCUGUAUAUAAUGGGCGGAGUGCCGGAUGGAGGCACCUGCCCGGUCUCCUGCUGCGAGGAAGGACGAGUUCCCGGCCCCCACGUCACAGACCCUGGAAUAAACGUGGUGUGAAGAGGGCUGGUUUGACAGUGAGGACCUGCCGGGGAGAGUUUGGGUAAUCCUGCACCCAUGGGCGGGUGGGGAGUUCUGAGCAGCAGGUGGGGCUCCAUGACGGCCAGCGCACAGUGACUCGAAUCUGACACUCCUUUCCCUGGCCGAUGCUGUCCUGAGUGGUCCCAAGGCUGUGGCGUGGAUAACCCUGCCCUCCGUGACCCCUGAGCAGAUCUCCAGGCCUCCUGCUUCUAUGCACUGAUGUCCAACGUCUGGUGUAGGACAGGAGGGCUGGGUGGGGCCCUGUGAGGGUAGGUUGCCUGAUUGUAGCGCCCAUGGAGGUGCCUGCCCAGUGUGGCGGUCCCAGGCCAGCUGCCUCCUGCGUUCCUGCCCCCAGGGGUGGGCUCCACUUGGGCUCCUGCCAAAUGCUAAGUGGGAGAGACAAACAGGGAGGGCUUCCUGGAGGAGGUGGUGUGCUGGGGCCAGUAGCUGGCACCUUUCUUCUCUCCAGGGGCCAGGGGAGCCAGCUGCCCAGGCCUAGACCUUGCGUAGCCCUAAAGCAUGCAUGGGGGGUCCCACACUUCCCUGGGUUCUGCCGUCUUGUGAGGGAUGGGGGCUGACAACAGACAUAGGAAGAGGGGGUGUUGGAGGGAGGGGAGCUUAGGAAGCAUGGCAGAGAGAGUGAGAAGGAUGCUCCUUGGGAGGAGAGACCCCUCUGGGUUGGAGGAAGAGUCGGGUGGCCUCUUGUCGUGGACAUUUGCAUGGGUGCCCCUGGUGUGGCUGGGUGGCCCUGUCCAGAGAGACCCUCAGGAUGGACAGAUCGUGUGCUGGGAGAGGGAGGAAGGGGCCCUCCUGGGAGACGGCCCUCAGUCCUAGGGUUUCCAGGUGGGCCUGUGGAAGUCACUGCCUUAAUGAAUGUUGAUGAAAAUUCACCGAGGUCACCCCGUGCCCCCUUGGAAUCCGUCAGGCACCUGCCGUCUCUGUGGUCUGCGGGACCAGCUCACAGCAAGCACAGAGUGGGCGGCGGAUCUCACAUCAUUGCACCUGCUGGGCUCCACCCACAUGCCCGCCUGGGGUCCCCCCUGUGCCCCCGGGGUCCCCUGCACCCCUAGGGUCCCCCUGCGCCCCUGGGGUCCCCUGCACCCCCAUCCCAUGCUGUCCUCGCAGCCGUGCCCUCUGGCCCAAAGGCGGCUGCGACCCCCACCUGCGCUGUUGCCUUGGCUGUCUGCACUUUUGUUCACGUUCAUGCUCCAAAGAAAAUGUCAUGAUGCCUUCAGUACUGACGUACACUGUCUCCCACGUGUCCCUGCAGCAGGCGCCGGGCCUCUCCUCCUGGGCGGGUCACCACCCUGUGACAGGGGAUGUGCACACUGGCCGUUUUCUAGGGACAGACGCCCAGGGAAAGAACUCUAGUUUUCUACGGACCAGCUGAGAUUCUCACUCAACUCACUGUCAGGUUGACGCUUGUGCCGCCAGGAGGCCCAGCGCGGUUUGCCAGGGACCGCGGGCGUAGAGACGGCGGCAGGGAUGCAUGUGGAGAGUUCUGCCACAGGGACGAGUUUGGAUGCCCAGUGGACCUGUGCACUUAGUAAAACACAGUGAUUCAAC